AUGCGUUCGUCUCUUUCUCUUAUGGUCCCCUGGGCUCUGGUGGCCCUGACGGGUACUGUUGCAGGCGCCUCGUCGUACGUUGAGUCUUUGACACCUGAAGCGCAGGGCCUCCUUUUGGAGUCUAUGAAGUGGAUGGACGACUACUACGACGCCAAUGCCGGUUACUUGUAUGACUUUAGCAACUCUGCUGCUCUGCGGCACGAGACUAGAAGCUCUGUCUGGUACGCUUUAGGUCUAUUGGCUCGAAAUGAAGGCAAUGACGCUGCCGAGGCCGAUAAGAUCAUUACCAAUACCAUCCAUGGCCAGUACAGGGUCGAGUCGGAAGAGUGGUUCGGUAACUACCAGCAGGAGCCUGAGGAGCCUUAUGUUGGAAUUCCCCAGUAUCCCCCAUCCAUUUAUGGUACUUGGGACCCCAACUGGCGCGGCUUCGUUGGCACCACCUUGGUCAUGGUGAUGGAGGAAUUUCCCCAUUUAGUGAGCAACAGCACUCAGGGCCUAAUCCUUGAGUCGCUAUACAACGCUACCAAGGGCGACGAAUACCGCUUCGGAAAUCUGGACAAGACAAAAGACAACCUGUAUCCCGCAUACAGCAAUCCCUCUAUCAUGCGCGCGUUUGUCUCUGGUUGGACCGGCCGCCGUCUUAAAGAGUGCAACAUGACUAGGUCCGGAGAGAGGUACGCCCAGGAAAUCAUCGAUCUCUUCAACCUCGACAACACCCUUUCCGAGUUCAACUCGGGAACCUACACGGGUGUGUCCCUUUUCGGCCUCGUGUUGUGGAGCAAGUAUCUGCCGGAGGACUCAGUCAUGACGAAGAACGGCCCCCGCAUGAUCGAGCACACCUGGAAGGCUGUUUCUGAUCUCUGGCACCCUGGCAUGAAGAACAUGGCUGGUCCCUGGGAUCGUUCGUACGGUUACGACAUGAACCGCUACGUGAGCCUGAUGGCUUUGUGGUUCUGGACUCUGAUCGGCAAGGAGAACUCUUCGUUGAUUUCCAAGCCUCAAGUCAUGUCUCACGCGGCUGAUUACGCCUGGGCGCCCCUUUUUGCCGUUCUCGCUGAUGCGCAUAAAAGCCUGGUUCCCGAAGACAUUGUGUCCAAGCUCGGAACUUUCCAGGGGGAGCACACGUUCAAAGCCACAGCCACAUAUCCUCCAUUCGAUAAUGUUCCUCGUAACAUCACUACCUGGCUGUCAGAGAAGCUCACUAUCGGCGCUGAGUCUUUUGACGAGAUCGUGAUCGGCGGCCCAGCAAGGAACCAGGAGGCGUUCAACCCUGCCGUCAUCCAGUGGGACACCGGCAGCCAGAUCGCAUUCAUCUCUCUCUACCCCACUGAGAAGGCUCUCGACGUCGAGGUCAGCCCUAACAAGCUGAGCCUAACGUACCCCUACGGUACCGCCAGCUCUAUUUUCAGCCUUGUUGUCGCCACUUUUGCCAACAAGCCUAACGUUGGGGGCUGGGAGGACGUCCAGGGUCUCAAGGUCGAGGUCUCGGGCAACGUGAACGAGACUUAUGGUCUUUCAUUCGCUGGCGCCUAUGGCGGCAGCGACUCUCUUCUUCGCGACUUUGAGUUCUGGAACUUUACCUACUCGAUGCCUCCGGGGUUUGUCGGAGUACCGAACAUUGUCCUCGACGUCAAUCUCCUGUGA